GGAUCAGCGGUGCCGGUAUUGUGGGAACUUGGACAGCAGUGGGACUGCGCACUGGGCCUAGACCAGGCGAGAGAAGUGGACGGUGGCUUCUAGCGGCUCCUAUUGCAACCCUAAUACCGCGCGAGAGGGGGACCGUUUCUGGGUCGCCGCAGCGCAACAGAGCGCAGGUUUCACUUGGGGCGAGCCUCACAGGCCCCGGCUACGGACAUAAGCAUGUCCCCGCUUGAAGUGACUCUGUUUGCAGCGGUCUUUCUUCUUGCUGCAUUUACCUUGUGGGCCACUAGGAGACGCCACAAGCAGGGUCGCCUGAGAAGAUACGGAAUUCCCGGACCUGAGCCAAGCCUAUUUUUUGGGAACUAUAUGGAGCUCAAGAAGGACCGAAUCAAGAUCAUGGAGCAGUGGGCCCAACUGUAUGGAAAAGUGUAUGGUUUCUACGAAGGCGAGGUUGCCAAAGUUGUCAUUGGUGAUGUCAACAUUGCCAAGGAAAUUUUCGUUAAGCGGGCGCAUGAAUUCAGCGACCGGCCCCCGAUGGUAACCGACAUCGAGUGUAUUCUGAACAGCCUCAUAGGACUAAAAGGGGACGAAUGGAAGACAGUCCGAAACCUACUAAAUCCUAGUUUCACGUCGGUUAAGAUGAAGCUGAUGCUAGACAUCAUCCACCUUUGUUCAGACACAUUGGUGGAAAUUAUUAGCGAUCAAGCGUCGGUGGACGGACGAGCUCACGUAAAUCUGUCCAAGCUCUGCCAAGGUGUCUCUAUGGACGUCAUCACCAAGUGCUCCCUCGGAUGGCAGUCGGGCUGCCAGAAAAAUCCGGAUGAUCCUGUCAUCAGCACGAUCAAGAAGAUACUGUGGAAUUCGGGGAACCUGAUCAAUGACGUGUGUAUAUUGGUACCAUCACUCGGAACGAUUAUAUCGUACAUAUUUCCGCUACUCAGCUACGGGAGGCUGUUCACGCGCAUGCAAGAGAAUCUGCAUCAAGUCCUCGAGGUUCGUAAGAGCGGAACGUCUGCCAUAGCGGAUAUUGUUCAGCUAAUGGUUGAGGCUCAGAAGAACGCGUCUAACACGAACGGGGUGCAAAAUAGAACCUUUACAUCACCAUCCAGCGCCAUCAGGUUAAAGACCAGCUUCAUCAAGGAUACGCACAUUGUGUCCAACUGCUUCGUCUUUCUCGUUGCCGGUUACGAGACAACGGCCAGCACAUUAGCGUUUGCGCUUUACGAGCUGGCCAGACACCCAGAAGAACAGCAUCGGCUUCACGGCGAGCUCAUGUCUGCAUUUCGCCAUAAAGACGUCCUUAGCUACGAAGAUUUGCAGGCACUAAAGCGACUCGACGCGGUCAUCAGAGAAUGUCUGCGCCUCUACCCACCUUUGGUGCUGGUAACGUCGCGCGUGUGUGCCAAGGACACUCGGCUGGCAAGUGGUCACAUCAUCCCGAAAGAUUCGCACGUCAUCUUACCCACGUGGAAUGUUCUGCACGAUCCCGAUCUGUGGGCGGACCCUUACGACUUCAACCCGGACAGGUUCAACGAGCGACUCGAGGGGGAACGGCUCGCUGCGUCCGGCGUCGCGUUCGGCUUCGGGCCACGUGAAUGCAUCGGAAAGCGUUUCGCUCUGCUUGAGCUCAAGGCCGUAUUGUCGAAGCUCAUACGAAAGUACAAAUUCAGCGUCUGCGGCGAAGCACAAAUUAAUAUGAAAGUGAAGGUUCCGCUCAUCAACGUGUUUCCGGAGUGCGAUAUUCUGCUCUAUGUUGAGGCACGCCCGUAAGACCACAGUAUUCUACCGGCGUGUUGCGUCGUAAUGAGACGUAACAACAUUUUACAAGACAAGCACUCGCACGCCUUCUUCAUUAUAAAAAUUAAUUCGGCGAGAGAUUACUGGCACCUUCAGGUAAUAACGCACACCGAAACUCGCGGCUUCAUAGCCAUACCCACUUUCAUGAAUUCACGGUCACUUUAAUUUGCACAUCGCAUCGCUCGGUAGCACGUCAGAAAACGUAUCAUAUCUAAGAAAUGUCUGAGUCUUGUGCGAAUCGUCUUGAUGACUCGCUUAGAUGCGUACAGGAAUUUAAACACACACUCUGGCCUACCAUUGCUAAGCUAAUCAGGAUUAAGACUUAGCUCCAGACCACGUAACGGAAUACCAUGUCCUAAAGAUAUUGCGGGUAAAACAAUAAGAAUGUUGUAGCACAUUAGCUACGUCUUGGCGGCUGGGGUCAUCAAAACAAAGAUGCAUCACACAGAUUGUUGAGGACCACAAGCAACCGUCAUUUGCCUUCAUCAGUUUCAUUCAGGCUGUUCGCUAUCACCCGAUAUAUUUAACGUCAUCAAUUCCAGCAACGUUUGCGUAAGAAAUGUGCUUCUUCCGCAAUGUGUAGUAAAACAAAACGGAGUGGUGGAGUUGAGUCUCGAGUAUUCAUUUCUACACUUAGUUUCAGCGCUGAUGAUAUGGUGGUGGAGCGGCGUGGAUUGCAGAGGCAGAUAAUACGUAGCCAAACACAUCAUUAAGUAGAAUGCUGUCGGCAGUCUUUAGCUUCCGCAAGACCAAGGGCAACAUAAAACAGUGUUUAUGUUCUUGAACCAGUCGUGCCCAGCCGGUACUACGGCAAACCUACAAAAAGUGUACCCUACUCUUUGAACCUUAAAUCUCAUUAUUUCUUUAUCACCGAAUCAGAAACGUAAGUUAACGCAGC